AUGCCACCUUACUCUGGAGUUCAGAAGCAACUGAUCUCCCAGUUUGUGAACUUCACAGAGGCCAAGGACGCGGUAGCAGCAAAGCUAAUCAUCCUGGCUUUGCAGUUCCUAAAAGCACAUAGGUGGAAUGUAGAGGAAGCUAUUGAUGCUUACUUCCAGAGCCCACAGGGUAAUGGGGGAAGCACUUCUGCCCUCAAUAAGAUUUUCGACUCGUAUCGAGAUGCACCCGAAGAGGACGCCGACGGGAUUGGUAUUGAAGGUGCCAUGAAGUUCCUGGGGGAUAUUCAAGUGCAACUAGACGAGGUGGCAUGCCUGGGAAUUGCAGAGCUUCUCAAGUCGCCGUCUAUGGGUGAGUUCACUAGAGAAGGCUUUGUGAAUGGCUGGAGAAGCGCUGGAUGUGACAAUCUGCAAAAGAUGAUUGCCCGUGCAGCAGAUAUUCGGGCUCGUAUCCCGGCUGAGCCAGACCUCUUCCGUCGCGUUUAUCGGUACACAUUUCCCCUCUGUCGUAUGCAAGGCCAGCGGAAUCUCCAGUUCGAUAUUGCCGCAGAACAGUGGAGAUUAUUCUUUACGCCUGAGCAUGGUGGCAUUCAGUGGAACACGCCUACGACUCCUUGGUUGGACUGGUGGAUCGAAUACCUCGAGGAGCGUGGAAAGCGACCCGUCAACAAGGAUCUGUGGGAGCAGGUUGAAGUGUUCCUGCGCAAGACCCUCGAGGAUGAGAACUUUGGUUGGUGGAGUGCUGACGCCGCCUGGCCGGGGACCCUGGAUGAGUUUGUGGGUUGGGUGCAGGCGAAACGGGGAAAGUCUUCGGAGGAGAUGGAGGUCGAGUAA